CUGGACAAUGACGCAGAUGGUGAAGAAAGACAUCAGCAAGGGCAAUACGACAACCAACAAAAAGAAGAAACAAGAGUGCAGACUAGCAGAGGUUGUGGAACGAAGUGGCUCGCCAACCGUCAUAGUUAGAUAGAUGAAAGAGAGAAGAAAAGAGAGGAGAAGAAGAUGUCGUUGUGUAUACUACUAGUCAGACUGUUUGCCUUUUUGGUCUUGAGCCAUGGCGCUACCGGCUUUCUUUCUCGCUCCAUUCCCACCACUUCAUCUUCUCCCACCACCCAUUCAGCCAUUGUCGCAUCCUUGCGAUUAUCUUCCCUAAAGGCAGGAGUUCGUCUGGUGAUCUUGAAAGAUGACGACAAUGAGGAUGAAGAAGAAGAGGAAGAUGAUGACGAGGAAGAGGAAGAACAAGAUCCAUAUACCCAAAAAGCCACUUCGGAAUUCUUGGACGAUAACGACGACAAGUCUUCGUCUGCCUUGUCCACACUGACUGGCAGUUCGAUUGAUUGGGGCGGUGCCUUGGGGAAACUGCGACAACGCGUCCAAGAUGUGGAAUCGGGAGCAUCGCAAGAUCCUUCCACGGCACUCUUUCGCUUCAUGUCGGCCAAAACUCCCAACGAAUUGAUUGGGACAUUUGUGCAAACGGCCAACCCCAAAGUCGUCCAAGCGUGUUCCGAUGCCGUCAAUAGUCUUCUCGGUGGUUUGUCUAGCCCGAGCAUGGGCAUUGAAACCAUUGUCAAGACCAAUGGUGAAAAAAUUGGAUCGCUCUGUUUUCAACUUCAAAUGACGGGUUACUUGUUUCGCAAUGUCGAAUACGUCCUAGCACUCAAGGAAAUGAUGGCACUCCAGGGUGCCGCGACACUGCAAGAUUAUAAAGAUGCCUUUGACAAACUCGAUACGGACGAUUCGGGAUUUAUUGAACCGGCCGAAGUCCAAACGUUAUUGGAUGAUGUCUAUCAAGGCACGGCACCCAAAUUUGAAGUCGAUGCCUUUGUCAAAUUCUUUGAUCGCAAUCAAGAUGGAAAAAUUAGUUGGACCGAAUUCGAAUCGGGAUUGGGGGCUGCCAUGACCACUACAAAGUCGCGACCCAAAUUGCUGCAAUCCAGAGCAGGCGACGAUGAUGAUGAGGACGAAGAGGAUGACGAAGAACCCAUGGUACUCAAUUAUGAAGUGACUGGUGACAUUGAAAUUGAACUGGACAAUGGAGAAACCAUCACGGUCGAAGCCAAGGAAUACAUCAAAAGUCUCAAGCAAGAAGCUGCAGCGCUCCGAGAAGCACUCGAACAGCAACAACUGCCCGAUGCCAACAAGGCCGGUACCAAUGGAAUGCUAGCAGCACAACAACAACAACAAUCAUCCUCCGCAGACUAUGGUGGCAUUGCCCAAUACAUUGCACAACGACAGGGAGAUAUCAAGGCAUUGACCGAAGGAAUUCAACCGGAAAUUGUCGAAACCAUGAAAAUGCUAGUCGAUUUUGUACUACAAGGAGGAGAUCCGGCUCGAACGCCACAACCCAAAAAGGAAGAAAUGGAAAUGGAAUUGCCGGGAUCGGCAUUGCAACAAUUGGCACUCUGGCAACUGGUACUGGGAUACCGAUUGAGAGAAGCAGAAGCUACCGGAGAGUACUUGAAACUGUUAGAGUAAUCAGUAAUACUGUAAAUAGCAGUUGCAGUUUGGUAGCUGCGUGCGCGGCUGUUGAAGUAACGUAGGAUGCGCCCGAUGGGAAAGUAUGGAAGGAACCUCAGUAGUGCGGAGACUGCGUACGACGCCAUAGCUGCUCCACGCACCCAAACUAACUUCUUAGCGCGACGAUCUCCGUCAUGUCAUCUCUUUUCUCCCUGCAGGCAUGCAUUCGUGUGCUUCCUUCCUUCCGGGGCACUGCUGCGUGCCUGUGCCUAUCAACCGAUGGAGCACUCACUGUUCAGCUUGCACCAAUGAUGGCUAGCUAGUCACUACACCGGAAGAGAGGUAUGCGACGAAAUCUUCAAACCAAGGAGUGCACUGCUAGCUGGCUUACGAUACGAUGAAGAUAUUCAAACUCGUAGUGUUGUUGUUGGUCAUGCAGGCCAGUGGGCUGCACUACUCUUUUAAAAUCUAUGUCUAUUUAGCAAGAGGGAGGAAAGGUUUUUCUCACAAUCCAUGUUUUGGUUUUCUGGGAGGAAAACCAAUACCGG